AUGAGAGUAAAUCGCCUCGUCUUGGUUGUUCUGAUCCAUUGGGCCGUCGGUGCUGAACACGGGGAGCUCUACUCCUCCACAGAUCAACUGAUUGAACUCCUUCAGGUAGGCAAGGACCUGGUGAGGAAUCUGACGGCGUACAUCACAGCUGAGGAAGCCAUUUUAAAGACCCUCAAAAGAGUCCAUCUGGAGGUCUCUGAGGUGACGGCCUGUGUGGGCCCUCUGGGUCCUCUGGGUCCUCUGGAGGAGCUGGAGGAGCAUGUGAGUAACCCACUGACUGCCUACAAGCUGGUGAGAACUCUGAGGGCCACAUGGAGAAUGAUGGAGGAGUCCGUGGAGAAGAGCCCCUUACCUGAAUUCCUGGCGGUGGUGAAGCUUAAAUCCCAGGCUCUCCCAACGGACAGAGAUGUUGAUGGGAUAGCUCUGGGACUCAUCAGACUGCAAGACACAUACCAGCUACCGCCGCAAAGCAUUCUGGGUAGAGACAGACAUCCAGGGCUGGUUGGCACAGGUUCCUUGGACCCAAAUGAAACCUUCCAUAUCGCCAUGGUUGCGUAUAAGAACCAUAAAUACCCGCUUUACCUCAGCUGGAUGUCAGAGACACUGAGGCAGCUGGACUUGGGCGUGGACGUCUCUCCUGCUCCCUUCCUCUCCCAGAUGGGGAACAUGCCUGUGGCUCUCAGCUUUACCCAGCAGCUUCUGAAGCAGGAUCCCAGUGACAUGCAGGCUGUUCUUCAGCAGAUGCACUACAGCAGUCUGCAGCCAAGCGUCCUCCAAGGGUUUGAGACCCAGACACUUGACUUCAACAUGGACUCGCUCAUACCCAGGAACUUGUUCAACAGAACAUAUGAAGCCUUAUGUAGAGGCCAGGGCAUCACAAUGCCACCAGAGAGACAGAAGAGACUGUUGUGCAGGUACGGCCAUGGAGGGGGGAGUGUCCGACUGCUCUACGCUCCAAUCAAAGAGCAGGACGAGUGGGACAACCCGCCCAUCGUCAGAUACCUCAACCUCAUAUCAGACCAGGAAAUAGACAUCAUUAAGAGACUUUCUCGGCCCAAGGUGAUUGAAGAGUGUUGCCAUUGCUAUUGCUGUGAAACUUGA